CAACUGUUGAUACUAAGAGAAAGCGUGAUCGAUGGUUUGUCAACGCAUAAACAAUAUAUGUGACCUGAGUAUUACAUUUUAAGCUUCUGUGCAAAAUAUUUUUUAAGAAUAGGUGAUGUUGUACACAAUAACGUUCAACUGUUUGGGUAUACGUUAAAGUUUGCAGUGUUUAAUUUAUAAUCAAAAUAUUAUUGCACAUUAAUUUCAAAUGAACCAUGGACUACGAAGUGCCCUUGUACCGUUUCUUCCUGAUUGCUAUAGUAUUAUCGUUCGCCCUCAGCGGGGCAAGUAGCGACUUCAACCGCAUGCAUGUUAAACUCGAGUAUGACAAAAACUCGAAUACAGUGUACGUGAAAUCGCCAGAGAGCAAACUCUUGUUGAGUGGUCGGCCUUUUGAAACCCGGGUCGACUGUAUAGAAAGCCCUUUAACGUGCAUAAUGCGAUUUUCUGCUGUUCUUGAAGUUAGUGAAGCCAGUGGUGAAUGUGGGAAAAUAAGUCUGAGACCCGUUAAACCAGGUGUUAUAGUAGGUAUAUGUCUGGAUUUGUCCAAAGGGCUGUGGUACGGAGGGAGUGAGCUACAAUAUCAACGAUGGCCCUUUAAGAAUAUCACGUUACCAUGGCAGCCGUACGUUACCAAUGACAUUGUUCCUUUAAACCAGUCGGUAGGAAAUGUCAUAGAGCGGUACUGGCUGAGCUCAAAUGGCGUCGGUGUGUUUAUUCCAGCGACUAGUCCGCUGUAUUUCAAGCAUAUGACUAGCGAGUCUGGGUCCUUUUCUGAAAUGUGUUUUAUUGCUGCUAGCAUGCGCCAUAUGUCCGGAUUUAUGAAAACUGUUGCCCCAGAUCUUGUAUUAAACGUCUGUAAGAUGGUAAAUAUAUUGGAGACGCAUAGGCACAUGAGUAAGGAAUAUUUCGAUUUGCCGAUUGGUCAACCCGACGCCUUGAUGUUUAAAUCCCCUAUAUGGUCAACAUGGGCAAAGUUUAAAGUUGACAUUAACCAAGAUAAGGUACUACAAUACGCCGACGAGAUUAGUAAGCAUGGAUUUUCGCAUUCACAGCUGGAAAUAGACGAUAUGUUCUCGUCAUUUUACGGCGAGUUUGACUUCAGUCCGCACAAAUUCCCUGAUGCCAAAAAUAUGAUUCGCGAGUUAAAAAUGAAAGGGUUUCGAGUAACUGUGUGGGUCACUCCUUUCGCUAAUGUGGAAUCCCUCGCAUUCAGAGAAGGGAUUGUCGGUGGUUAUUGGCUCAAGGACAGCGACGGGAGAGUUCCGGCGCUCGUCCGAUGGUGGCAGGGCGUUGGCGCCAUAUUAGACGUUGAAAACGCUCUUGCGGUGGACUGGUUCGUCAAUCGCCUUGAAAAGAUGAAGAGCGAGUACGGGAUUGACUCUUUCAAGUUUGACGCCGGUGAGACCACAUAUGUACCCUCGUCACACCAGUAUUCAAUCCAAUGGGUCGACCCGAAUGUCUACACGUCGAAGUACGUGGCGGCAGUCAACAGACUAGGGCCAAUGAUCGAGGUUCGGUGUGGCUUCAGAACACAGCGUUUCCCGGUAUUCGUGCGCAUGGGCGACAAGGAGUCGCGUUGGGGCUUUGACAACGGCCUCCGAUCCCUGAUCCCCACCGUACUCACCAUGGGGCUUCUAGGCUACCCCUUCGUCCUGCCCGACAUGGUCGGCGGCAACGGCUACAACUACGAGGCGCCGGCGGCGGGCGGAAACCCUUUUACGACCACUCGGCUGCCCGAGCGCGAACUGUACAUUCGAUGGCUUGAGGUGACCGCCUAUCUUCCCGCAAUGCAAUUCUCAUUCGUCCCAUGGCAGUACGACGAGGAAGUGACCGCGAUAGCCAAAAAGUACGUGCGCAUCCACGAGGAGAUCGUGACACCAAUGGUAUUGCGGGCGGCGAGAGAAGCAGCCACCGAACCAGGCGCACCAAUUAUUCGACCCCUGUGGAUGCUGGACCCCGAGGAUAUCGAUUCCUUGGAGAGCGAGACAGAUUUCCUGGUGGGAGAUACUCUCCUAGUCGCCCCCGUGCUCGAACAUGGGGUUCGGAAACGGGACAUAUACUUACCCAGGGGAACCUGGGAAGACAUGACGAAACUCGAAACGGUGCUGGGGCGAACGUGGUUACGAAACUACGAUGUGCCUAUUGAUCACGUGCCUACGUUUAGACGAAUAUUGUAAAUCUAUCCAAAAAACCUAUAAAAUACAUGUAUUGUAUAGGUCUUUAAUUUAUCGCGGCACGGAUUUGUGUUAUGAAAUCUGUCACGUUGUGAAUUUUGAAUUGGGUAUGCCCACACUGAACUUUGCGUUGGAAGUUAAACAUAUGACUACAUGAAACUCCGAUGAGCCGCUAUAGACAUACCAUCAUAAACUUGUCAUAUUUUAUACAAAACUCCACAUGUAAUUGCACCCCCGUUAUAAUAUGUCCUGUAUUUAUCCUUUGUAACCAUUUUUAGCUUAUGUUGUUACUGAAAAUUUCAAGUCAGUUUGGCUUAUCUACGGAAAGCCUACUACCCGCCACACCUGCCGUAUCCGCGCGAGAAAGAGUUGUAUAAUUUAUGCAAGAGGUUUGAGUUCUCCAACUAUAUUCAUUCACAAAUGGAAACAUUAUGUUAAUAUCGUGUUAAAUGGAAUAUUUUUGAACGGAGCUUACAUAGAAAAGAAUCAAUAAACAAUGUUUGUAUUAUACGUGUCGCGGAAGAAAUUAUUUAUGAAUGAUUAAAAUAGUACACUAUCUGCUGCGUCUUAAUGACGUAGUACAGGUCAUUCAUAAUCCGAGGUUAUUAAUUGAUUCGGGAAAACAACGCAAUAGUAUAAGGUUACGCUUGUUUAUAUUCUCAAUUUAUAAAACGUUAAACAUGAGUUCAACAAUAACUUCAGGGAUACGAUAGACAACACCAAAAAUGCUUCAGAAUCGCUUAACCCGAAUAUAAAAACAAUGAAAUGUAACAAAAAUUAUCUGUUUUGUAAUCUCGUGCAUGCUUCUACAGCGGGGUUAAAUUUGAUAUUUCUGGGAAACGUUAUUUUGUUCUUAAUAGAUAGCGGCGAUCUUUUGUAUUUACGGGUGCUAACAACGCAAUAGUAGAAGGUUAAGCUUGUUUAUAUUGUUCUCAAUUUAUAAAACGUUGAACAUGAGUUCACCAAUUACUAAAGGUAUACUACAGACAACCUCAAAAAUGCUUUAUAAUCGCUAAAACCGAGUAUUUAAAAAAAACACUAAAUAUAACAAGAAAUAUCUUUUAACUAGAAAUGGCGCGGCAGAGGCCGACGCGUAUCCCCACGCCGCAUGUUUGACCCAGGGGCGCCCCAGUAUUGGUAAUGGGGCCAUGCAUAGUUGAGAUUGACCGUAUUGUCAUAAGAAAAGUUCAGUAUCAAU